UAUAGAUUGUGAAAAUGGCAAACCAAGAGUCUUUCCUGGUGAAAUUCAUAAAAACGAAGGAGAAAGAUUCUGAAUAUUUCACAAAAGCUUUUCAGGCCAUUAAAGAAUUUCAAUCAGAGGAAUUUCUGCAGAUUGUCAACGAAGAUGAAACAUUUAGUUUAAAAAUAAAAGACAAUUCGCUUUAUGUAUGUGACCCAUUUGAGGGAGCAGUUUAUGAUCAUCUAAAAAAGCUUGGUUGCAGGAUUGUCGGUCCACAAGUGGUGAUAUUUUGUCUUCAGCAUCAACGGAAUGUACCUGAAGCCGUUCACCCUGUCUACAGUUUGGUCAUGGCUGACGUGGUCGUUUCAUGCACCAGCCUGGAGAAGAAAACCCGAGACGAUGUGCAUCAGCGGGUCCAGCUGAUGGGUGGUCGCAUCAUCCGUGAUUACAACACCUCAGUCACUCACCUGAUCGCUGGGGAGGUUGGAAGCAAGAAGUACCUGGUGGCGGCCAGUCUGCACAAACCCAUUGUGCUUCCAUCCUGGGUCAGUGCCUGCUGGGAGAAAGCUCAGCAGAGAAUGAUUGACCUUGCAGAUGUGAACAUGGAAGAGCACCUGUGCCCCCCGUUCCUGGGCUGUACCAUCUGUGUGACGGGACUCAGCAGCUCGGACAGGCAGGAGGUGCAGCGAGCUACCCUGGAGAACGGGGGUCGCUACACCGGACAGCUGAAGAUAAACGAAUGCACACACCUCAUUGUGCACGAAGCUAAAGGUCAGAAGUAUGAAUGCGCACAAAAGUGGAAUAUAUUCUGCGUGUCCAUCCAGUGGUUCUUUGACUCCAUAAAGCAGGGUGCUUGCCAAGACGAAGGCAAUUAUAAGGUUGAAUCAGACAGAAAAUCGGCUCCAAGCACCUCAACCCCGACAAAUAUUGGAGACGCACUGAACCCUCGACCUCUUUCGGAUGUGAGCCACAUUGCCAACAUCAGCAUGAACGGCAUCAAUGAGACUGCACUCACCUCCGCCAUGACCACUCGGUUGGAGAUGCCUGACCACCAGCUCGAAGCCUUGGAUCUCACGCUUUCUGUCGUCCCAGAGGACUUGUUGGAUGGAUGCAAAAUCUAUCUCUCUGGAUUUGGCGGUAAAAAGUUGGACCAGUUAAGGCGGAUGAUCAACUUUGGAGGUGGAGUUCGGUUUAAUCAAACCUCUGAAGACGUCACGCACGUCAUCGUGGGGGAGGAAGACAAGGAGCUGAAGCAGUGUUUGAACAAAUUGUCGCACAGGCCGCACGUGGUUACGGCAAAGUGGUUAGUGGAUUGCUUCUGCGAGAAACGUCUCCUUGCUGCCGAGCCGUACUUCUGUCCGGGUUAUCAGCCCGCUGUUCCAGUGCCCGGACGCGGCGGCGGAGACCAAACGCACUCCACUCUGAAGGGCAGUAACGCAUCGAGAGCAGCCGCAGCCCGUUGCACCGCGGAACAGCAGGCUGACGACGACCUCCUGCUGCAGUACCUGGAGAACGACGUGACUCUAGACGUUCCUGAAAAUAUGGAGAGAACUGACCGUAACGUAACUGGCAACCUCCACAACACCGUGCUGGAAAAUAACGAGACCGCAAGCACUUCUAUAAACCAAACAAGAACUACAGACGAUGGACUGUUUUGGAAAAAGCGAUUUCUAAUAUUUGGCUUUACCAAAGAAGAUGAAACCUACAUGGCUCAACUAAUCGAGAGUAACAGUGGGCAGGUUCUACCACCACACGGCCGAGCUAUGGCAGACUAUGCCGUCGUGCCGUUAUUGGGCACCUGCGUGGAAGCAACAGUGGGCGAAGUGGUUACAAAUACAUGGCUGGCAAUGUGCAUAGAUCGGCAGUCCAUUCUCCCGGUGCCCUCCAAUGCCUUGUUUACUCCUCUAUCCUACGUGGAAGGAAGCUAUCCGCUGAACAACUGUGUACUUUCUAUUAGCCAGUUCACUGGAGUGGAACGCGAUGCAAUAUUCAACAUAGCGGAAUUACUUGGAGCGAGAGUGCAGGAGUUUUUUGUUCGGAAAGUUAACGUGAAGAAGGACAUGCUUGCAAGCACCCAUUUGGUUCUGCAAGAGCCGCAAGGCUCCAAGUACGAAGCUGCAAAGAAGUGGAGUUUACCAGCAGUGUCUCCAGCUUGGAUCUUUGAAUCGGCUCGAACUGGGAAGAAGGCUGAUGAAAGCAACUACUUCAUAGAUAAUUGCACUAAGCCUGUUGAAGAAGUGAAUGGGGCUGCCACCGAGUUGUGCCGAAUGCCUGAACCGUCACCCGAGCUCUCCACGACCAAACUACCCAGUGCUGUGACUCCGCUGGAUAUCAAUAGAUUCCAGAGUAAAGCCUUCCAGAUGGUUAUGUCUCAACAAAACAAAGUGGACAAAGCAGAAGCAGGCGAACCAAGUCUGCAGAAGGAAGCAAAGUUACGACUUGAUACGCCAUCAAAGUUCCUCUGUAAGGACAAGCUCUUCAAACCAUCAUUUGAUGUUCAGGAUGCAUUGGCAGCUCUGGAGACUCCAACCAACCCAAACCAACGUCACAGGAAGAUGAGUACCCCCUUAUCCGAAGUGAUUGGGAGGAAUCUGAAGGUGGCUUUGGCUAACAGCAGACGCAAUGCGCUGGCACCAUCUGCAACAAGCCCGCAGUUUCAUGCGCCUGAACCAGCCAAGGACGAGCCGGAGAUCCUAGCGGAUGUUGUGAUUUGUGUGAGUAAGAAGCUUGGCAAGCGACAGGGCGACUUGAACGCAAUAGCAGCCUCUCUGGGAGCAGAUUACAGGUGGAGUUAUGAAGAGAUGGUGACUCAUUACAUCUACCAGGGCAAGCAGAAUGACACCAGUCGGGAAUACAAGUCCGUCAAAGAAAAGGGCGUUCACGUUGUCUCCGAACACUGGCUCUUUGCUUGUGCUGACGAGCAGAGGAAGGUGCCUGAAUAUCUUUACCCUCACACAUACAAUCCUAACAUGAGCCUGGAUAUUAGUGCCGUUCAUGAAACUAAAGUGUCCACGCGCUUGUGCCCUUCUGAAGCAAGAUGCGGGGAUAAGCAGACCACGAACCUUGCUGAUGAGCAAGCUGAGAGUGAAAACGAUGAACAAAUUCUUGAGGCGGAAAAGAAUCGUCAAAAUCAAGAGUUUGGAGACUUGACAGAAACCUCCGAAAUGAGGGAGAAUUUUCAGCGCCAGCUGCAGGAAAUAAUGUCGGCCACGCGAGUGGAGAAGUCGGGCGGGCACCGCGGAGCGGUAUCGAGGGGAAUACUGGACCACUCCAUGUCCACAGACUGCGCCCCACGCACAGGCCGCAGCAGGGCACUGGAAUCCCUCAGGUGUUCACGCCCACCUGUCAUGGACAUCAACACGGAGCCGUCACAAAGCGAGCAGAUCAUCUGGGAUGACCCGACGGCCCGGGAAGAGCGGGCCAAGUUGGCCAACAACCUGCAGUGGCCCGGCAGCCCGUCCCAGUACUCGGAGCAGCUGGAGGGGCACAACACCAAGCACCCAGAGUCCUUCACCGAUUCAGAAAUGGCCACAAUAGAAAUCCCACAGCAGGUCGCGGCAGGGAACGGCGACGUUGCGGCGAAGGACGACCAUCUCAGCCCCACGCCGCAAGCACCCAGCAUCGCCUUCCCCCUGGCCAGGCCGCCAGUGGCACCACAGCCCAAGGAACAGGAUGCUGUUGAGAAGAACAAGGAGCCAGAGGCGAUCCCGAGGAGAUUCCAGCUGUCAUCACUCAACCCCCAGGAGCGGAUUGACUACUGCCAUCUCAUCGAGCAGCUAGGUGGUGUGGUGCUGGAUAGACAAUGCUUUGAUGCUUCAUGUACACACAUCAUCGUUGGGCAGCCACUGCGGAACGAGAAGUAUUUGGCUUCUAUGGCGGCUGGCAAGUGGGUCCUGCAUCGAUCCUACUUGGAGGCGUGCAGAGCCGAGUCCAGGUUUAUACAGGAAGAGAACUACGAGUGGGGCAGCAGCUUCAUCCUGGACGUGCUGCCUGGGAUCAGUGCGCAGCAGAGAAAGCUUGCGGUGGCGGCAAUGCGAUGGAGGAAGAGGCUGGACAUGCUGAGACAAAAGAAUGACAGUGCAGAGAUUGGUGCGUUCAAUGGCUGGACGGUCAUUUUGAACUUUGACCACAACAAGGAGGCAGGCUUCAGGAGGCUUCUACUCUCUGGAGGGGCCAAGGUCCUCCCCAAUCACUUGCCCACGGACUACCAAGAGGCCACCCACCUGUUUGUUGACUUCGGCAAGCUGAAGGUGGAGGAGAGGAGGGUGAACCUGACCGAGGCCCUGGAACACGACGUACUCUGCCUCAAACCCGAGUUCAUUGCCGACUAUCUGAUACAGGAGCGACCCCCUCCCGUUGAGAAUUACUUCCUGACCACCGAGCCCGGGACCACAGCGCGGAAACGCAAGGUGUCCGACGAUCACGCCGACUCGAGAAAGUGCCGCAAAACGUGAAGAGCGACGCUCCCCGGUUCAAUAAACUGUCCACAUCUUGUACUCCAGAGAGGGGAGUCCGACUGAACUACAUCUACAGACCAACAUCAGUCAUGUCCACCACUUCUGGGAGCAGAAUGAGGCCAUUCGGCCCGUCAAAUCGACACCAUUUGUUCAUGGCUGAUCUAUCUCUCCCUCUCUGUCGCCUUCAUUCCUGCUGCUUGUAGGGUGAACGUUGGAACAUUAAAAAUAACGUGAAACCUACUGCCAGAGCCUCUUCAAAAGGGAUGAUUUGAUUACAUUUUUGUUUAUAUUUUAAAUAUAUUUGCUUAG